CCUCAGUGCCAGCACAAGAGAGCAAUCUUUAUUUCAAGCGAAUUGGAGUGACAAUACUGACAGCGACCCUGACUAUCAUCCCUCAACUAGUGACAGCGAUAACGAACCCACAACAUCAACAGCAGUAAAGAAAAAUCAACUAGCCAAAAGGAAGAAAAAUACUAAACUGCAACCACCAAUCAAGAGAACAAAGAACAUACCUACUGCCGAACCAUGGAGAAAAGGCAUUUUUUCUCCUGAUCCUGUGACUCUUCACGAACCUUCGUAUAUACCACUGGACUGUACGAAUUGGAGUAAUGAGAAGUUUGUUGAACUAUAUUAUGAUGAUGAUAUUCUUUUACAAUUUGUGGAGAAAAGCAACCAGACUUAUGUACUUAAGACAGGUAAAAGUUUGAACUUAUCUUUGAGAGAAUUCAAAGUUUGGUUGGGACUAAAUUUUGUAAUGUCAUCCCUACAGUUGCCCCAAAUACGUAUGUAUUGGGACAAGGAAUGGAGAGUUGCUGUAGUUGCUGAUCAUAUGUCUAGGGACAGGUUUUUUCAAAUAAGAAAUUCACUAAAAAUUGUCUUUGAUGAUGACAUUAAUGAAGAGCAAAGGAAAGCCGAUAGGCUAUGGAAAAUAAGACCACUGAUUGACCGUGUUUUGUUAGGAUGCUUAAAACAAACCAGAAAUCAACACAUCUGUAUAGAUGAGAUCAUGAUACCCUUCAGUGGCAUAAGUGACUUAAAACAGUACAUUCCCAACAAGCCCAACCCCUUAGGAAUUAAGGUAUUUGUUUUGGCUAAUCCUACUGGGAUUAUAUGUGACUUUGUGGUUUACCAGAAUCAGACCACCUUUACUCAAGAUAUUGCUGGAAGCUUUUGGCAAUGUGAGUCUGCCGUUCUUUAUCUAACUCGGUCUUUAGUUCCUGGUCAUGUCAUUUACAUCGACAGAUAUUUUAAUACUGUACGAUUAGCUGAAGAACUUCUUAAUCGUGGAAUUAGAUGCUCAGGGACUUUAAGGAAGGAUAGGCUUCCCCAGGAUAAUGAUCUUCCUGACGACAAGAUUUUUAAGAAAAGCCAAAGUAGGGGUUCAGCCACUGUCAGUGUUCGCGCCGAUGGUGCGAUAGCAUUAACAAAGUGGCUGGAUAACAAAUCCGUAACUAUGAUCUCAACUAAUGAGUCCGUUGAGCCCAUGUGUGAGGUUAAAAGGUGGUCAAAGGCUGAGAAGAGGUAUAUUCAAGUGUCCCAACCAAGUGUGGUGCAGUCAUACAACAAAAAUAUGGGAGGGGUGGAUUUGAUAGACAGAAUACUAUCUUAUUGCCCUUCGAGAUCUAGAACUAAAAAAUGGACAGUUAGAUGUUUAUUGCACUUUUUUGAUGUAGCCCUAGGAAAUGCAUGGCUUCAGAUGAGGGAGAUUAAGAAAUCGUCAGGAGUAUCUCCCAAGGACAUUGUUCAAUUCAGGCAUUUCAAGUUGGAAUUAGGUAAAUCCAUGAUUGAGAAGAAUAGUGUUCGUCUGGAUGUUGAUGAAAAUGGGGAUGAAGAUCAAGGACACCAAGAAGAAGGAUUUUUGGAUCGUAGGAAGAGUGCGGGCCCAUGUUUAGAGAAAAGACUGCAAGGCGCCACCCACUUACCGGAGGUGACAAAGAAAAUCCAAAAGAGGUGUGCUCUUCCAAAGUGUUUAAAAAAAUCUACUGUUUUUUGUACACAGUGCAAAGUUUAUCUUUGCCUUGUAGAUGGAAGGAACUGUUUUGCUAAAUACCACACAAAGUAAUUUGA